AUGGCGGCAUAUCCGUCCCUAACCAAACUCCAAGGCAUACACAAUCACCACUUCGAAGCGCCUACCAAGAGAAUUCACGACGGAUCCGAUGUGGCCAGCUUUCUCACCUCCCUUGCAUACAAGGAUGUCAUGACAUUCAUAUUACAACUCAACCGUGCAGUCAUACCGCGGAAAGAAACAGUAGACGGCUCAGUCAAGACUACAACCUGGCCAUUGAACGCAGAUGGUGUUACGGAUUCAGAACCAAUCAUCCGCCUACGCACGCUGUUGACCAAACUAAGUGAUCUGAUCGACCAAGUCCCCCCUGAUACUGGUCCAAGGAGAUUUGGUAACGUCAGUUUCCGGAGGUGGUACAAAUUGGUCGAAGACCAGAUAGACAAUUUGCUUCAGGACUGUUUGCCUCCUGCACUAUUGUCAGCUCGCACGGAGAUUGGACCAUAUCUCUUGGGCAGCUUUGGUAGCCCUCAACGUCUAGACUACGGUACUGGACAUGAACUCAGCUUUUUGGCGUUUCUUGCCUGUCUCUGGAAGCUCGGUUUCUUCCCUCAAGCCGAUCCUGGUGUCGAAGAGAGAAGAAUUGUGCUGGGUGUUUUCGAAGGUUAUCUUGAACUUAUUCGCAAGAUCAUCAAAACCUAUACUCUCGAACCUGCGGGAUCACAUGGUGUUUGGGGACUUGAUGACAAUUCAUUUCUCCCAUACAUAUUUGGCUCGGCUCAAUUAGCACCUGCUGUCUCAGACACUGACGAUACUCCGCCUGAAGGUUCUCUGCCUGAUGCACCAGAAGCAUCUUCCGUGACGAAACAGAACCUAGUCGACAAAGAGAAAGACAAAAACAUGUACUUUUCCGCGAUUGCUUUCAUUUACGAAGUCAAGAAGGGUCCUUUCUGGGAGCACAGCCCAAUGUUGUUCGACAUCUCAGGUAUCAAGGAUGGCUGGGGAAAGAUCAACAAAGGCAUGCUCAAGAUGUAUAACGCAGAAGUCUUGUCAAAAUUUCCUGUUGUCCAGCAUUUUCCAUUCGGCUCCCUUCUUAGGUGGGAACAGGAUCCGGAAGCCCGACCUCCGGCAGUGUCAACACACGCCGCGAGCCAACCUCUUCGCAACCCUACGGACACCCAUGCUCCAAGCACGAUGAGACCUGCUGGACCUUCCCCGGGUAGUGGCACAGCUGCACCUUGGGCUGGUAGUGCGACAAAGGCACCGCUCGGGUUCGUGAACGGUGUCACCCAAGCACCGUGGGCAAGUCGUGGUCCUCCUCCAACAGUGCCACGCAGUGGUUUUACACCGAGUCAGCGCAAGCCAAUGCCGCCUCUCAAUGAAUUGGUCACUGGCGGCAGAAGGACUCUGGCAUCAUCUGAAGAGCGAAGAAAGCAAGAUAGUACCGAUUGA